GGGCGCAAAGUAGUUGUACACCACGCGCGUGUCUCGACCCACAACCCCCGAUAAACAUUGUCCACUAUCAGCUCAAAAACUCCCCACAGAAGCACCCAAUCAGUGAAGCGAAAGUUCCCCGAAGCCCCGAAUCUCUUGAAAUAAAAAAUAAAAACAAAAGGAAAAAUUAAAAAACCGGAGUAACAAUCGGAUCAAACCCGGAUGAUUGGCCGGCGGCGAGCAUCAUUGGUGGGGGCAAGUGUCGAGUGAGUGAGAUAGAGUGAAUUUGACCGAGUGUGGCGGUCCCUCCGCCAUGUUGAAUCACUCUCGUUGAUUUUUUCGCAGAGGUGGCGCGUAUUAUUUGGUCCAUCCCCCAAAAAAAUCCAGUGAAACAAAAGUCCAUCACUCGUGAUAUCCUCCUCCCCUUGAACAAUAUCUGUCCUAGUCCUAUCACGCAUCACCUCAAUCCCUAACCCUCCCCUAAUUUCCCGACGCUCCACACACGGUCGCACUUCGCGAGUCCAGUGAAUAAGAUGCCGGGAACAAGCAAGACGAAAGCGUGCGAAAAUGCGAGUUUAUAAACCAAUAAUAAAAAUGUUAAAAUGUAUCAGUGCUGUUGUGUACUCUCUACUCCGAAUGAUGUGUGAGUGAUCAUCAAUGACAAUAAUAUUCUCCAAUAAACACUGUGUUGUUGCUUCCAUCCGUCAAACUACUGCGACAGAUAAGCGUGGUAAAUCAAUCGAGUUACAAUUUUUUUUUUCAUUAUCAGUUGAAACAUCGUGGGUGAGAGUUUGUACAACGUGUAAAAGGAAUCCCGUGUUUCUUACGCCGUCCAGAUGAGAGUCUGAACGGGGUUACAUGAAGCUAACCGGCUCAUUCUCGUUUAAUCUCACCACUCGGAUUACUAAAACUCGAGGAGAUACGUAGAAUGGAAGCCAUGGACUUGGACGGAGAUGCUGUCGUUGAUCUCAGUGUUAGUGUAAGAAGGGAUUCCCCAUCAGUACCAUCGAAUCUUUCAGUGGAUAGUGGUGUUCCUCUGGACUUGGGUGUUCACUAUCAGACCUCAACAGCUGAGAACAAUAUUCCAGAACCCAGAAAUAUUCAAAACUCAUCGAGAGGCAUUUUAGCACCUAAUAAAUCAUCCGGGGAUGACAGAAGACCCAGGCGGAACCUCCGACCAAGAACAGAAAGAAGUUACGCUGAGAGUCCUGAUGAGCCUAGGCUCAAUGGUUAUGUAAAUGGAAAUACGUCGGAUAGUGACGAGGGUGAGAUGCCACCUCUUUUGCCGAUCAAGGAAUUGUCCUCCGAUGAAUUGGCGGAAAGGGAGAGAACCUUGAGAAAACUCAGGGAAGAACUGAGAUCGGAGGAGAUGAAAUUAGUUUUACUGAAGAAGCUCAGGCAGUCCCAACAGCUCAAAGAAAAUAUUGCCGCUGUACCUAAGACAGCUAAUAAAUUACCACCGCCUGUUACAGUACAGCCAGCACCGCACAGUCACAGAACCACAAAAGCUCCACCACCCCUGCUGCGAGGUCAGCCUGCACCGAGUAGAAGCAGUAGUCUCCACGCACCACCACCAGGGAUGCUCCUACCUCCAAACGUUGGUAGAAGUCCAACGUCGAGUACAGGAAUGCCACCAAACAUGGUUAUACCCCAGCCACCACAUCCACGUACAAGACCACCAAGUCAGACUAAUGUGCCAACGUAUCAUGCACCUGCUGACAGAACAGAACGUACCACCAAGGAUCCAACACCUGUUCCUGCACAUCAGCUGGUUGGACCACCAGAGCCAAAAGUAACUGCGUCAAUAAACACGCCUGUCAUACCGGAGCAGGAGAGACAGAGGGAGGACAGUCAAUCGCCGGCUCAGCGCCAAGCAGCAGCGAAAUUAGCUCUAAGAAAGCAAUUGGAGAAAACACUUCUUCAGAUACCUCCACCGAAACCACCACCACCAGAAAUGCACUUCGUACCAAAUCCAUCCAACACUGAGUUCAUUUAUCUUGUGGGUCUUGAACACGUGGUGGAUUUCAUCACUAAGGAGCCAGCGAUACCACCACCACCUGAGCCAUUUGAGUGUACACAGUGUAAGACUGAUUUUACACCGGUUUGGAAAUGGGAAAAACCGGCAACUAGUGGUAAAAAGGAUGGACCACGUGGACAACAUGCGACCUUCUUACGACCACCAGCUGGGAGAGAUCCACGCGUCAUUUGUGAACAUUGUGUCACUACUAAUGUCAAGAAAGCACUGAAGGCCGAACAUACGAAUCGGUUAAAAACAGCAUUCGUGAAAGCCCUACAACAAGAACACGAGAUGGAGCAGAAGUUGGCGCAAGCAGCGAGUCCCAGUCCGGAUCCACCACCCAAACCAGUGCCCAAAUCCGUCACUCCCACGAGAAGAGUGGCAACCCCCCCAGCACCUCCCCCCUCAGUGCAACAAGCGCCCCCUCCAGCGCCCACCCCACCCUCUCAAAAAAUGCAAGAACAUCCACUUGUGAAGCUGGCAGAGGGUGGGAAAUUCACUUCCCAUCAUGCAGCGGCGGCAGCAGCUCUCCAGCAACAGCUCCUCCGAGAACUAGCGAAGAAUCCAGUGCCAGGACUGCCACCUCAUCAGCCCUUGCCAGCCCACAUGAUGCCACCCUUCAAUCCCCUUCUUUAUCCUUAUCAACUUGCAAUGGCACAGGCCGCUGGCGGCAAGGGCCUCGUCGAGCUCCAGCGCCAAGCUGCUGACCUUCAACGCCAGUAUCUCCUUGAUAUGAUACCCUCUCAAGCAUCCCAAGGACAAACGAGUCAAGCACCAUCCCGCGCCCAUCCGCACAAUUGGAAAACGUAACCGAGUGCAUAAAACAACAUUUUAACUGACGGAAAAUUCCCGAAUUAAUUUAAUGAAAAUGCAUGAAAGCAUUUCAAAAUGCAUAAAAGCAAUUUGAAGAUUCAUCAUAGCAGUCGAAAAUGCUCAAUGAUGUUUUUUUUUACUUCAUCAAGGGCCCAAAAUGUCGGGGGAAUAGAAGGAGAAAACAUUGGAAAAAUUAAUCGUCGAAAUACCAAAGAUUUUCUUCGAUUGAAAAAUGUGAUUGGUGAAGGAAAUUUCGUUUUUUCGCCGAUUGUGGAUGUGAUCAAUGUUUUAUUGAGGUGUAACGCGGACUCAUCGACCCUUGCAAGAACCCGAGGACAGACAUUUGACUGUUAUAUCAAUUGAUUCUCCCACUGAAUGAAAUAUUGGUGGUUGAGAUGAGUGAAUAUGUUUUUUUCUUAACGAAAUUAAGGAAAAGAAAUGAUAAUGUUUUUAAGGCACUUUGUGGCGAUCUUGCAGCCGGGUUUUGUCUCACUGGCAGCAGUACCUGUAUUUUGUGUAUAUCUCUUUAUUUUUUUUCCUCCCCCCUCCCCCUUUUUGAACUGUGAGUAUUUACUAAGGUCCGCGUCGUUUUUCUGAGGUGAGACACAUUUCUUUUUUUUGCGAGUCUUUUUGCGUCUCCUAAAUGAUGAAUGUGUUGGACGGUGUGUGGAGCGAAUGGGUUCCGGAGCGUGAAUGGAAGAGUGAUAAGGCCAAGUCAUUUGUUUUUUUCAUUCUCUUUAGUGAUUUCUAACUUUUUCAUUUUGAGAGAAAAUUUCUUGUUUUUAUGUAUCAGAUUUAUUUGUCAAACCAGGAUUCAAGUGGUGGAUCGUAUUAUGCCAAUUAUUUAAAUGAUGAGUUGUUUUGGGAGAAAAUUUUGACAGACUUUUUUGAAAAUGUUUUUGGCAUCCAAAAAGAUUAUUGGACAUUUUCCCCUGAAACAACACGCUUGUGAGAUAAUGCAUUAAUUGAGAACUUAUUUAUAUUUGAAUCGAAGAGUUAUGUUCAGUUAAUGGCGUAGUUAUCUCAAUAAUCAUUGACUUUUUCAAUGAGAGAAUUUGAAGAGACCUUUUUUGUAGAUAUCUCUAGAUUUUUAGCAACACCACUCAUUGCAGAGAUAAUCACAUCGUUAACGUACAUAUUGUAUUUGAUGCAUGACGUUCCAUCACUUCACUCCAUAAAUAAUGCUAGGAUGAGGUCGUAAACUAUCUCGAUUUGUAACAAAAUAUUUAAAUCAAUCAAUUCUUUCAUUGAGAAACUGAGCAGUGUAUUUCAGGAACUUGUGUAAUUCAAAUUUCUUUCACUUUAAUUUUUAUAAUUUAUAUUCGUUUUCUCCAAGAAGAAUAAAUUUAUUUGUUAUCACCAUAAUUAUCCAUCUCUCAAAAAUAGUAACUGAAGAAUGAUCAACAAAUUCGAUCGCUGACAAACUCAAAUUGUGAGAAGAUAAAAAACAACAAUCGUCCAACUUCACUAAAAAAAUAGUUAUAAUAGAUCUAUAAUCUCGAUAAAAUUCGUAUAGAAUUACAUUAAACUAAAAACAUAGGCAUAAUAUCAAUCUCUCUUUGUACGUCGCAAUAGGUAAAUUGAGCUCGAGAAAAUAUGAACUGAACGUUGUCAACGUAUUUUACGUCAUUUUAACUCUUCGGAAGUCACAUAAUAACAAUGAAGAACUGAAGGAAAAUCUCAAUUAUAGAAUAGAAGAGAGGAGAGAGAAGUGAAUUGCACGGCAGAAAAUGUGUUUUUUUUUCUUUUGUUCCAAGUCACAACUAACCUGUUAUCAUCACAAAUGGAGACAAAAUUGAAUGAAAAAAAAGUUGAUAUAUUUUUUUUGGUCAAUUCUUUUUCUUUUGGUCAAUUUUUAGAUAAAAACUUUGGCAGAUCCUGAGUUCAACGUAAUUCCCAGUUGAAACCCCACUGAUUCGUUUCAACGACGAAUUCAAUGACGCAAAUAAAAUAUAUUUGUUUUACCUUGUCCUCUGGAUCUGCAUUGGUGCUAAGGGGCAUAGAGGAAAAAGAAUAAAAAAUGAAUAAAAACUCGAACUGAAUAAUUUAAAUAAUCCAAUCAAUCAAUCAAUGGUAAAGAAAUAUUUAGCAAUAUCCUAGGGGAUUCAAAGACCUGAUAAAAUGUGUUAUCACGUGUUCAGGAGUGACUAAAAAUUGACAUUUUUUCGGCUGAUUGAACAUUAAAAAAAAUUGAAAAUAAUAAUAAAUGAGAGAGAGAGAGAGAGAGAGAGAGAGAGAGAGAGAGAGACUUAAAAAUGGAAAGAAAUGAAUGAAAAUUCAUUGCUCCGAAAUUCGUUCUUGGAAUCUUUAACACCGUCACUGAUUGAAUGAAAUUUAUAAAGAAAUAUCCACCUCCUUUGCUCACCCCCACCCCCCAUUCCCAUCAUUCUGAAUCGCUAGGAUUAGCAGAUAAAUAACUGAAUGUUACAAAACAAGAAAAAAUUAAAGGUAAAAAAACAAAGGUAAAGAAAUAAAGCUUGUCAAUGAUUGUACUCGA